ACUCUUACUAUUACACUGCCACUCUUUACCUUCCAUGCUAUUCACUUCCUACACAAUAUCUUCGCAUGGUAUACCUAGACACCUCUUUCACUAACCCCAAGAACAUACACUCUCCGAUCAACCAUAAUCAUGGCUUCGGUCACGAGUCUCGACCAGGACAUGCGCAAACUGCGCCUUGACCGGUACACGCCUGGUGCCGCGAAAGAAGUAAGAGCGUGGAUUGAAGAUACACUGGGGGAGAGAUUGCCUCCAGGGGAUUUGAUGGAUGCCUUGAAAGAUGGUGUCGCGCUCUGCAAACUUGUCAAUCUAGCGGUCGCUCCAGGCGUCAAGUAUAAACAGUCCAACAUGCCAUUUGUGCAGAUGGAGAACAUAUCUCAUUUUCUACGCGCCUGUGAACUACCACCAUUGAAUCUACCAUCCCACGACCGCUUCUUGACUGUCGAUCUCUAUGACGGUAAAGAUCCGGCACAAGUUUUACAAUGCAUUUCCGCCUUCAGUCGCGCUGCAAAUGGCAUAAACCCAGGAGCAUUCCCAUCCACUCUUGGUGCGAAGAGUAAAGGGGCAGCCAUGAGUCCGCAAGGAACGGGAUCAAGUGGACCGAGAUCACCGGCGUACACCACCACAACAGCGGCUCGGCCUCGAGGCACGAGCAACGCUACCGUCGACAGCCCUUCAUACACCUUUAACCCGCUCAACAAAGCAGCAUAUUCGGGUCGAAUAAGUCCAACCAAGAAUACCCUUGGGAGGGGCGGGCUCGCUACAGGCGGGCCGGUCAGUACCUGGAGCAGCAAAGCUGAUGAAGGCAAGACGGCACCGGCGUGGAACAUUCAUCAGUACGGGUACAUGGGCGGAGCUAGCCAGGGCAACCAAGGUGUCGCAUUUGGCGCACGGAGACAAAUCACCUCUCCCGCUCCCAGUGUACCGAGCGCUGCAGAAAAGGAAAAGCGUCUCAGAGAGGAGGCCGAGCGCAAACGUCGUGAGGCAGAAGAACAAGAACGGCAGCAGCAAGCACAAAGGGCUGCGGAAGAAGAGCAAGCCAGACUCGAAGAAGAGCGGAGGUGGGCCGAGGAGACGCAACGGGUUCGAGAACAGGAACUGGAAGAACAGCGGGUCCAGGAACGUGAACGUCUACAGGAAGAAGAUCGUGUGCGACAGGAAGAACAGCGUCGUAGAGAGCGUGCCUACGAACUUGAGCGAGAACGUGAAGCCGCAGACCAAGCUGAGCGAGAAGCACGAUCGGCAGCCGAACGGAGUCGCCAACGUGCGACGAGUGACGCCCGCUUGAAUGGACAAUUCCUCAGCCAGUAUCAGGCAGAUCAAGCUCGAGUGAGUGCUGCAGCUUCGCACAAGCAGCAUAUCAUCGAGCAGGAGUCCACCGAGAGCAGACGCAUCGCCGAACUCGAACGUCAACUGGAGGAACUCAAAGCACAGCAACAUCACCAUCCCACGGAGCCAUCCCCGCCACCCAGGCUCCAAGCGGAGCAGCCCAGACAGCCUCCCCUUCCAAGCCGGUCCAACGUCGGCACGACAAGCCACGAGGACGACUGGGACGCCUCGGAGCGAGACUACCUCAGACGCGAAUGGCAAAGGACCCAAGACCUCGAGCAGGACACAACAUCACCACCUGCGAAGCCGCCCCGCCCCGAACCUGUCCCGGCGCCCUCGACCACUUCCACCCGGCCCCUCCCCGACCCAAUGACCUAUACUCCCGGCACGAACCGCACGGACCGGUACCUCGCGUCCCACGCUGCGCCGGCGCAACCCCCGGCCUCGUCCCACCGCCCUCAGGAUUACUCGACCACGACGGAAGUGGACCUCGAAACCCAACGACGCAUGCAGUCCCAGGCGCGCACCAAGGCGGGCGGGUGGGCGUCAAAGUCCCUGCUCGAGCGGGAGAUGGAGCGCGAACGCGAACGGCAGCGGGAGUGGGAAGAGGGCCAAAAGGACACGGCCGCGAGGGCCCGCGACAUCAGGGAGGGCAGCGCCCCGGGCCAGAGCUGGGAUGUGCAUCAGUACGGGUACAUGGGAGGGGACAACCAGAACCGCGGCGGCACCGGUCUGGGUGUCGGUGGCGCCAGAAGGCAGAUCAUUGGGCCUCGACCACCUCCUUGAUUGCUCUCCUGUCAAGACAUGCUGAUGCGUUGCGUGAGAAAUUUGGGGCACUUGGGCAAGACACGUUUGAGAUGAUUGAAACGAGGUAUAUGAGAAUUCGAGUAUAAGUAAACUUCUACGGAGUGCACAUUAACGUGGGUAACAUGGUGACACUGCUGGCUUAGCUUUUAUGUGAAGUUUUGGAUCGGAUUCACGAUAUUCAUAUUGCACAAAAUUGAAAUUGAGAUUGAUCUUGGAUUACGACGGUGGUCCUCUGCCAUCUUGAUUUUUGUUCCACCAAUCAAGAAUAUAUCAUUGGACUUUCUCAAGAGCUCGUUUCAUUCUGUUUUGGAAGAGAGAGCGAGGAUUGACGGCCGAGGGAAAGCACCAACGUCGACACUAUCCGCGAGACAUACCUCGGGUAGGUAUUAAACAUAACGCAGGGAGUACUGGCGCCCCAUGAUGGGUGUCUUGUACGUUUUCCACCCCGUCUGCAAGGUCCAGACACAGGUGCGGGUAUUCGACCGGGGCCAAGUCCGCGGGAUGGAGGAAUUGGUCAGCCAUCUCGCCAGACACGUCUGGAGGUGAUCCUCUCGUCUCAGUCUGAGUACACAGGGAACGAUCCUCCUGGGCUGUCCGAUGGGGCAGAUUUUGUUUGCCUGAGUUGAACAGAAGUAGAAGCGCGCAAGAUGUUUGGCCAUCGAUAAUGCGCAUCGGCCUUGUCAUUUGCCUGUUGCUUCCGAGUAUGGCUCCCGGCAUGUCGCUGACACUUGUUCCAGCGCUGUGAGACAGAAGAGUGGAUUGUUUCUGUCUUGGUAGCUUUGACCGGUUCAAGUGCUGACUGGCAAUUGAUACAAUAGCGAGUGGCCAUUUGGAUAGAUGAUCGUUGGGACAUCAUGACAGCGCGACUUAAUCUUCGGGUUGAUACUGAUCAAGGAGGGAGGUAACGGUGACAAUGGUCUACCACAAAGCGAAUAAUUGGUCGAUCACAAUUCUCCUUUAUAUUCUUCUUGACUGCCGG